ACACGGUGUUUUGGCCUGCUGCCUUACAUGGUCAAACCUCUGAACUCACACACGGCUGGAAUUUCAGCGGUGACGUCACGGCCUCCAACUCUCCCAGAAUUAGGAUCAACAAGUUUCACUUUUUUUCUGCCGGGAUUUCAAACCUCUGCUAGAUUUCCUAGAAAGCGAAGAUUGCAGCAUACCGUGAAGAGCUUCAACCGUGGUCCAGAACGUUGAGAGAUCCAAAGAGGAGAAACGGCGUCUGAUCCUGUAGUCCCCAUCAUCACCUAGUGUCAACAUUUGGAACCAUGUGGGAUCCAGCGAACGGCAACGACCAGACGGGACAAGUGGCUGCCAGGAUGGAGACCACGCCGUCUAUGGGUAGCGCAAGCAUCUCCAUCUCCCAGCAGCAGGCACCCAAGAAAUUUGCCCCUGUGGUCGCACCCAAGCCCAAGUUUAACCCUUACAAACAGCUGGGAGAUACCACUCAUUCUGACCCUGCAGCGGACUACCCUCCCCCUCCACCACCUGCCGAAGACUCAGCCGGUUUCCCAUCAUCCCCCGGUUCCUUUCCUCCUCCACCGCCGGUGAACUCGUACGAUUAUCAGAUGAAAGGACCAGAGAAAACCCUGGAAGAGAGGCGCUCCAGUCUGGAUGCAGAGAUCGACUCCCUCACCAGCAUCUUGGCAGACUUGGAGAGCAGCUCGCCUUACAAGCCACGAAGCGCACAAAAUUCUGGAUCCUCGGCAGGCUCCACCCCCAACGCUCCAGUGACUGGUUACAAGCGUAUGGUCAUUCCAACUCAACCACCUCUGACUGCCACCAAGAAGUCUACACCCAAACCUCAGGCUCCUGGGGGAGUCUCGUCUAUUCCGCCAUCUUCUGCCAGUCCAGCGGCCAAGCCUCAAAGCCACAUGGCUCCUCAGCCGGUUCCGGCCUCCUACGCUACAGCAUCAACCCCAAGCCAGCCCACCUUCAAUGUCCAGGUGAGGUCGGCCCAACCCGGCCCCCAGCAUCAAGCCCCGGCUGGGCACCACUUUGGCCAGCAGCCUAUUCGGAGCCCUGCACAGGUGCAGUACAUGCCUGCUCAGCCCAAAGGCCCUGACUUUGCUUAUGGACCGCCACAGCCUGGUUUCUCCCCGAUGACACAGGGAGGAUAUCAAGACCAGCACCAUCCAGGAGGACUCCAAGUAGGUGGAAUGAACUCCAGAAGAGCUGAGCCAAUCCCGGCCCAAGCAUACCAGCCUUCAGGCCCGAAGAAGACCUACAUCACAGAUGUGCCACCAAGCUUGACCCCAUAUAGUUCUGGACCAGCUGUUCCACCAAAGGGCAGUGCUCCCGUGGCUCACCCUGAAGAUGAGCUGGAACGCCUCACCAAGAAGAUGCUGUUUGACAUGGACAACCCUCCAUCUGAGGAGUAUUUUGGGCGCUGUGCCAGCUGUGGAGAGAACGUCGUGGGUGAAGGCACCGGCUGCACCGCCAUGGACCAGGUCUUCCAUGUCGACUGCUUCGUCUGCAUGACCUGCAGCACCAAGCUGCGGGGCAAGCCCUUCUACGCUGUGGAGAAGAAGGCGUACUGCGAGCCGUGCUAUAUUAACACCCUGGAGACCUGCACCAUCUGCAGUAAGCCCAUCAUGGAGCGCAUCCUGCGGGCCACAGGGAAAGCCUACCACCCUCACUGCUUCACCUGCGUGGUGUGCCACCGCAGCCUGGAUGGCAUCCCGUUCACCGUGGAUGCUUCCAACCACAUCCACUGCAUCGAAGACUUCCACAAGAAGUUUGCUCCACGCUGCUGUGUUUGCUCUGAGCCCAUCAUGCCGGCACCAGGUCAGGAGGAGACCGUUCGUAUCGUGGCUCUGGACCGUGACUUCCAUGUGCAGUGUUACCGCUGCGAGGACUGUGGCUCUCUGCUCUCAGAGGGGGAUAACCAGGGCUGCUACCCGCUGGAUGGACACGUCCUCUGCAAAAACUGUAACACCAGCCGCAUCCAGGCCCUCACCGCCAAGGCCACCACGGACCUCUGAACAGCCGGUCACCUCCACUGUGAUAACCCAGCGCUCGCUCUGUCUCUCUGUCUUUCACUUGCAAACAUACCCAUCCACAGACGCCUUCAUUCCUCUGCAUAAACAUAUAUAUCCCCCUAUAUACAAUAUAUAUUAUAUGUAUCUCUCCACCUUCAGUUACAAGAAGUAGCCUCACAUGUUCACCUGCAUUCAUGUAACUAUUGACUCGGUACAGUCACUGCAGACGAAGCUGCAUCUUAUUUAACUGUAUUUUUACAAAAGGAAUAGUUUGACAUUUUGGCAAGUGCGUCCUUUCUGACGAGAAGGAAACUCUCUUGUCUGUAUGCUACAAAAACGGUGACAAAAUAUCUUCGAGCACCUCUAAGGCUCACGAAAGCUGGGAUUACGUAUUCACAUAUUACAGCUUUUUGUUGUAAAAAUCUAUGUAGCUAACUCAGCAUCAAAGCAUUGAAGCAUAUUUCCUAAAAUGUUGAACUAUUGCUUUAAAAAAAUCACUCCAGGUUCACCAGAACACAGUGACAAUAUACAUUAAUAUCUCUAAUUAUCGUCACUGUGCAUGUUUCAGUCAGCGUGUACAUCCGUGCAUGCACCCACGUUGACUGGUUCUUGUGAUCUAAAAUAUCCACUAGAAUAUGCAAAAUGUUUGAUACAUCUCCCCUGCAGGUGAAAUCAUGGAUGGAUGUGUGUGACUUUGAGAAAACCCAUGUGUUGUCUUGAGCAUGCCUUUUAUCCUGUCGUGCAGAGCCACAUACAGUACACAAACGGGGAUAAAAUUACACACCGAAGACCAUAAUUGCAAAACAGUUCUGCAUAACUGAACACCAAAGAAUUGAAUUUAAACUGCCAUAUUUCCUGUGCACUUACUUUGUAUGCAACUAUAUAAAAGCAUUAUUUACAGUGUGCUGAUUGGAACCGCAGGAACUACAAACAGUAAUUCCUGCUGUCAAGAACAGAACAGGCAGCUGCUGGAUGCAAUUCCCUUUUUUAACACGUUAUUUUCUUUGUAUUUUCCAGCCGAAUAUUCUUUGAUGUAUACGGUAGGUUGUUUUCAGUUGGCCUGACCAGUACAAUCAUGUAACUCCAUUCAUGUAGACACGGCCUUAUAUUUGAAUUGAAUUCUGUGAGGAUGUAACUUCCACCCAUUCACCACACCAUAGAUUAGAUCAGUGCUUGUACUGUAAGUAGUCUGGCAGAGAUAAGGAUUAUUUCAUGGCUAUGCAAUUUUUAAUGCUAAUUGCAUCGACACUUUAAAAUAAAUUUUAUGAAUAAGGAAAUAUUUUACCUGUACAGAUGCAAGAAUAAGUGUCCUUAUAGUAACCCUUUAAUCAAAACUGUGCUGUACUGUGUGACUUUGUGUGUCCCUGUGCUGUUUGUCAGUAUUGAUUGUGCCAUUGACACUCAUCUUUUAUAUUUAGUGUUUGUUUAAAGUUAAUGGGCAAAGAAGGGACCAUGAGAGUUUCCCAAAACUGAUUUUAUUGUUUGUUAAAUCCAAGAGUUAGGGACCAGUAGUAUAUUAAUUUAAUCUAAUAGUUCAGUGUAAUUACUGCAGCAGUACGUGUAUUGCGACAUCUAACAGUGAGUUAAAGGCACCCUGUGGAGUUUUUCACCACUAGAGGCUCUGUGGAGCAAUUUUAAUGUGUCCUCAUUUUGUUUGUAUGUGUACAUGAGUCCACAUACAGAGGCAGAGCUAGUGAUGUCACCAGGGGAGGAGCAGACCCUCCUUUGAUUGGCAACCUCAGGUGUAGUUACCUACCAGAGAUAGAAGGUGAUAGGUGGGCUUGUAGCAUCAGAACAUCUGUAUGAAGUAAAAUUGCCUCGAUGCGACAAGGAGACACGAAAUGAUGACGCAGAGAUGUAAAACAAUAAAAUGACCAAAAAAAAAGAAAUACAUAAAGAUGAAAAACAAAAAGGAGAUACACAAUGACUACAAAAUAAGUACGACAUACAGAGUGACUGCAACGAAGAACAAGACUACAAAGAGAUGGAAAGUGACACAAAAGAACUACAAAGACAAAAAAAAAGACUGCAAAGAGACGCAAAAUGGUGACAAAAUGGCACAAAACAACAACAAAGAUGUGCAACAUGGCUUGAGAGUCAUGCAAAAUGACUUCAGAUAGAUACAGAACCACUGCAAGACAUGUAAAACAACUACAACGUAGUGUAGACGAAAUACACUAAGGAACAAGACAACAGCAAAAUACCACAAAAAUACUACAGAGACAUGUCGAACGACUAAAAAAACGCUAAAUACAAAUAACAAAUUAAUCAAUAACGACUUCAAAGGGAUAUAAAACAACCACAAAGUGGUACAAAAAAACUAUCAAGUGACCCAAAUUACAGCAAAAGGGUUGAAACAAUGACAAUCUAAACAACUACAAAGAAGAAGAAAAACCAGCAAAGACAUGCAAGAUUUUGAAAAAAUGACACAAAAGGACUACAAAGAUGUGUGGGACAACCACAAAGAGACACAAAAUGACAAUAAUGAAAUGCAAAGCGAUUACAAAUAAAAGAAAGAACAACUGGAUAAAGUGGUAAAACAAAGAAAGUAGUGCAAAAGAGUUACGAAGAGGUACAAAACAACGACAAAAUCACUACUGAGUGAUGCAAAAUAAAAACUUUGAGUCAAAAACAACUACAACAUGGUGCACAGUUUUGCUGUUGGCUUCACACUACUGCACUGUUCAGCUGUUCGUGGCAGUAAGAAACAGUGAAGCGUAGCAGCGUUCUACAGGCUGAAAAAUGGACGACAAAAUUGGACAUUUUAAUUGGAAAAGAACCUGCAUCUGAAGUGUAAAACACUGAAACACAAUGUUUAAUUUGUUUACAAGAAAACUCCACAGGAUACCUUUAAACAACAAAGACAGUGUAGUUAAUAAGUAUUAAGUAGUGUUUGUUUGUCCAUCUAUUAGCCGGAUUAGUUUACAUUCAGCCACAUCAUACAAGUGAGUAUUUCCCAAUCCUCGUUUAUAGAUGCCUUGUGUAUGUGGAUGGUUAUAUAAUGAACAAAGUAAUUAAUUAUGAUUUUAAAGAAUUUUCUUUUCUUCUUCUUUACUGUUUUUCCUCAAACAUUACCUAAUGGUGUUUAAUGCCAAGUGACAACACAAACAAAAUCUCUACAUGCUGUAUCUGUUGUGAUCAGGACAUCUUAUUACGGCAGGUUUCGCUGUUUAAACUCGGGUAAGACUUUGUACAUAACUGUGCUAAUAAGGCCAACACUAAAUGGUACGUUAACAUCUAUCAAAACUUUGCCAGGACAUAUUUUCUCCAUAAAACCAGACAAAACUUGCUAUUUGAAAUGUGAAGGAGUAUUUAAAGGUGAAGAGGUGACUCGCUGGCUGGACAGUUUGUAUUUGGUAGCAGAUAGAACCAGCAUUUACGCACUUACAUGCCUGAAGCAGGGACGGAGCGAAGGCUGGUUCUCCAAAAGGUUAGGCAACCUAAACUUCAUGUCCUCAGGAAGUUUUCCAUCAAUAUUUGGAGCCGCAUCAUUGUAGACCACCAGUUCAGCGGUCACAUACAGAAACCCAAAAGACAGCAAGACUUAUACAGCUUAGUAAGAUCCGAGUCCAUCGCUUGAUAUGCAAAUGUGUUAUGUGGCUUAGAGAUAUUUUAAAAUGUCUUAGUAGUGUCACAAAACUCUGUUUCCAGCUAUUUAGAGACACUAUUUACAGUCAUUUCAGGCAUCCUUUAUUGUAUAUUGCAGGUUAGUUUGAAGAUGAUGAGCUAAAGCUGUGGAGGAAAGACACUAAAACCUUCUGUUUAGCAACAGGAGACAUUUAUUGUCUUUAUUUUAUCUCUACUUCUUUGAAAACAGCCACACAGUAUAUCACACUGUCUGCGUUAUGUCUGAGAUCAGAUCCAUCACUUUGCCCAUUUGACACUUGACUCAGUCAUCUGAUUACAGCUGGCUGAGAUUCUCCAUAUAUCAUUAUGUCACAUGUGUUGCUGCGCACAUGGACGUUGCUGGGGAACCAGCCAAGUCGGCAUCUCACUUUGUAUGUUAAAGGUCGACACAGAGCCUUUAGACCUGCGUAGAUAAUCUGACAGCUGUGUAAAGCUACGUAUUCACAUCAGGUGAUGAAAACACAAACGAAGCGACCUAACAAGUAGAAGUUGAAAACCUGCAGUUAAUAUCAGAACAAAAGAAGUUCAGUGAAUUUAAAAUCAUAUAUUAGAUAUUUUUUUAUGUUAAAUGCCUAUAAAUGCAGUUUUAAUUUACAAGCUGUGUAGUCAGUCGGUUGAUCUUUUUGCUUCAUUUUUCUCCAACAGCCUAAAAGGUAUUCUUCAGGGAGUAUCUGCGCACUGUUGAAUCAUCCCAGCCCUGUGUUCAACUAAAUCACUGACUGUAUGGGUCGUAUACAGCAGAUUGCAGAUACAUGCAUCACCAUCAAAUAUAUUUCAUAAUUUUGCACAAAGUAUGCUUUUCACAUACUUUAUUGACUACAAAAGUCUGGAAGAUGUUUGUAAUCAAACAAUAACUUCUUUUGUGUGAAGAACAAUACAGCUGUUGUUUGUCUGAUGAGCUGUGACAAUCUUAUUUGACAGUAAAACGAGCUGUUACAGUUUGAUAAAUCAAAAUUUCAUGUAGUUGAUUAAAAGAAGAGCAUUACUGUGUCAAAUUUGAACAUUUUUUUAACAACACAAAUACUUCGCUAAUCAAUAUAUGUAUAUUGGUGAUGGAUUAAGUAAGCAGGGUCAAAGUAAAAGGAAUCUUUCAGUGAUAUACGUAGACAUAGACUGUAUAUAAAGAUGGACGUAGCCAUGCAGCGUCGCUGAUUGAAGUUUGGAAUUUGACCGUCUCCGUCUUAGUUUUUUUUAAACCAGAUGUGACAAGCGAAGGGUAGUUCUCUGAUUGAGAACUUCAUGAACUAUGCAACCUGAUACGGUCACGACUCGUCAAUCAAAAGGUAGCCACACCCUAAAACAUUCCCAGCUGCAUUGUCUUUUUUCCUUUAAAUAGGACUGUUAUUUGCAAAAUGAACAUCAUGCUGUAGUGAACGAGGCUUAAAGCUACUGAUUAAGACCUUAAACUCAUUAGGAAUAUGUUUACUGAGGCAACAAAUUAAGUGAGAAAUAGGGUCAUUUUCUCAUAGACUUUAAUACAAUCAGAUUUCUUUUUGCAACCAGAUGAGUCACCCCCUGCUGGCUGUUUCAGGCAUUUAUGCACUGGUUUUACUUUUCAGACCUGGAGGCUACAUCUGUCUUUUACAUACAGUGGUGAUUAGCAGUGGGUUUCAGUAAAAUGUUUCUGAUGAACCUAUUCUGCGCUCUACCUGCCAGACAGACAAAGUUAGCUGCGAGUCAAUGAAUUCAACACUUAGUUCCUAAACAGUGUGAUACUGCAUUCAGGAAACCAAAAUACAACAUCAAAUAAAUGCUAGUGUUGCUCCGUAAGUGCUGGAUGGCUGUUUGCUAACAUGUUAGCCAUAUUUCUGUCUAAAUAAGAGUCAGGGUUUAUAGUUUCAAGGUGAGCGAUUGGGUUUUUUUUAACACUUAACCAUAAUGUAAUGUGGAAAAUUACCCUUGAACAGCUAAAUAACAAAAAAGCAGAAGUGCUUUAAACUAAGGGCUGGGGGGUCCUUAGCAAGCAGUAAACAAAUGAUUUUAAUAGUGAUGAAUGACUCGCUGGUUUUAAAAAUACAAAAAUUAAGUGUCUCAGCAUUUUCCUAUUGGCUUAUUAGCGCAUGUUUUCUACAAAGCGUACCCUGGUCUGGUCCAUAUGCACAGAAUUAAAUCUCUGCUGUAGGCCAAAGCUGUGUUAAACUCUCCUGUUGACAGUGUUUUCAUGCACCGUCUCUGGACACAUCACACAUCUUCAUGGGAGCAUAUAUGAAUAUACGGCAUGAAUCCUCCGACAAAGCUUGACGCUACAAGUAUAAACUAGACAUUUAAUGAUUUUUUUAUUUGUUCGGUGUAUUUGUGUUGUCUACUGUCUUUGUUCUACCCUUGUUUGUAAAAGUGCCUUUGGCUGAGCAGUAUUGAAUCACUAUACUGUUGCUGUGUAUUUCAUAUUUCUCCGUGCCUCAAAGAUUUUGCCUUGUUUACUUUUUUUUUUUUUUUUUUUUUUUAAACCAAAGUAAAUAAAGAGGAUCCCUUUUGUUUGGACCAACUCUGAAUCCACACAGUAGAUGUUUCCACCAGGUGCGGUGCUUAAGGCUGCAGCAGCUGCGUUUUAAGUGGUGUUGAGUGUGAAACUCACCUUAAAGAGCCUGAUCUGCUGUUGUUAAAGCAAAGCAUCUGUUCUUGAUCUUGGGAAGGGGCACGAUGUAGUCUUGUUUUUAUUCUUUCCUCAAUAAAAGCUUUGCAAUAGCG